GGCUUCGGCUGGCAGCUAGAGGUCAGGCCACACCCACAGUGCAGACACAGGACUACACAGGACACAGGACGGAGAUCCAGGCGAGGAUGGGCAGCCCAGUGCACCGAGUGUCAAUGGGGGACACCUGGAGCAGGCAAGUGCACCCCGACAUAGAGAGUGAAAGGUACAAGCAAACCUUCGACGUGGAGCGGCUCACCAACAUCCUUGAUGGAGGGGCCCAGGACACUGCACUCCGGAGGAAAGUCGAGAGCAUCAUCCACAGUGACCCAGAGUUUAGCCUGAAGGAUAAUUAUUUCCUGACCCAGAGUGAAUGUUAUGAGGCCGCCGUUGAGAAGAAAUUCCACUUGCAGAUGCUAGCACAGCGCCAGGGCUGGGCAGAAGACAGUCGUGAAGCAUAUUACGCUUACAGAACCCUUUCUGGAAGUCUGGGCUUCAGUUUGCAGCAUAUCUUCCUAAAAGCCCUCAGGAGCCUGGGCUCAGAGGAGCAGAUUGCUAAAUGGGUCCCAGUGUGCAACAAGUUCCAGAUCAUCGGGACGUACGCCCAGACAGAACUGGGACAUGGGACAUAUCUCCAGGGCUUGGAGACUGAAGCCACCUACGAUGCAGCCACCCAGGAGUUUGUGGUGCACAGCCCCACAAUGACUGCCAUCAAAUGGUGGCCUGGGGACCUGGGACGGUCAGCCACCCAUGCCCUGGUCCAGGCCCAGCUGAUCUGCUCGGGAGCCCGGCAGGGCAUGCACGCCUUUAUAGUACCCAUCCGGAGCCUCCAGGACCACACCCCACUGCCAGGAAUCACUGUUGGAGACAUUGGGCCCAAGAUGGGCCUUGACCAUGUAGACAAUGGCUUCCUGCAACUGGACCACGUGCGGGUCCCCAGGGAGAACAUGCUGAGCCGCUUUGCACAGGUCUUGCCAGAUGGCACCUACAUCAAGCUCGGAACAGCACAGAGCAACUACCUUUCCAUGGUGGUGACGCGGGUGGAGCUGUUACCGGGCAUCACAGCUGAGCUGCAAAAGGCUUGUGUCAUCGCCAUUCGCUACUCCAUCAUACGCCACCAGUCCCGGCUCCGGCCCAGUGAGCCAGAGGCGAAAAUCCUGGACUACCAGACGCAGCAGCAGAAGCUCCUUCCUCAGCUGGCAACAGCCUAUGCCUUCCAUUUCCUGGCGAGAAGCCUCUUGGAAUUCUUGCAUGACUCCCACGAUGCCAUUCUGGACAGGGACUUCAGCCUCCUGCCUGAGCUUCACGCACUGAGUGCAGGUUUAAAGGCCAUGGUGUCGGACUUCUGCACUUAUGGGGCCGAGCUGUGCCGCAGGGCCUGCGGUGGACAUGGCUACUCAAAGCUGAGCGGCCUGCCAUCGCUGGUCACCAAAGUGACAGCCUCCUGCACCUUUGAGGGUGAGAACACCGUGCUUUACCUACAGAUGGCCAGGUUUUUGGUGAAGAGCUACCAGCGAACUCAGGUGUCCCUGGGCCCCACUCUGCAGAGGUCUCUCCCUCAGUCUGUUGCAUACCUGACCGCACCUGACCUGGCCAGGUGUCCGGCCCAGAGGGCAGCCGACUUCUUCCACCCAGAGCUCUAUACCACGGCCUGGGCACACGUGGCAGCCAGGCUCACAAAGGACUCAGUGCAUCACAUACAGACUCUGAUGCGAUCCGGGGCGGACGAGCACGAGGCCUGGAACAGAACCACUGUCAUACACCUUCAGGCUGCUAAGGCACACUGCUACUACGUCACCGUGAAGAGUUUUACAGAAGCUCUGGAGAAACUAGAGAGUGAACCAGCAGUGCGGCAGGUGCUCAGACGCCUGUGUGAUCUCUAUGCUCUUCAUGGCAUCCUGACUAACACGGGCGACUUUCUCCACGAUGGCUUCCUGUCUGGGGCCCAAGUUGACAUGGCGAGAACAGCCUAUCUGGACCUGCUCCUCCUUGUCCGGAAGGAUGCCAUCUUGUUAACUGAUGCUUUUGACUUCACCGAUCAGUGCUUAAAUUCAGCACUUGGCUGUUACGAUGGAAAUGUCUAUGAACGUCUGUUCGAUUGGGCUCAGAAGUCACCAAGCAAUACUCAGGAGAACCCUGCCUAUGAAAAAUAUAUAAGACCACUACUACAAAGUUGCAGAUCCAAGCUAUGAAACAGUCAACAGCGCUCAAGAGGCACUGCUAUGUGAUAAUGGUACUAUGGCAUAUAUAUGAUUAAAAUUUAAAAGUACCUAUGUAUGUAUUUUUAAAAGAGGGUCUAUCUUUUAGAGACACAAUCUGAAGUGGAUGAAAUAUCUGUGAUUUACUUCAAAAUAAUCCAUGGGAGGAAAAAGGGGGGAUGAAUAGUUGAAGUUGGUCAAUGGGUACACAGGUGGUUACACUAUUGUCUAUUUCUGAAUAUGUCUGAAAUUUCCCACAAUAAAAAACUGUAGCACUGUC